CAGUGACUUGACGUUACAGCCGCUCAUUUCCAGGACAGCGUCAGGCCAGGCAGGAUAAUUUUCUCUAGCUCUCGCACCAGAAGUUAGUUAGCUGUUACUUCUGUGCCUUUCACCUCGAUCUCACCUUGCCGGAGUGUACUGUUAGAGUAUUGCGCUUCCUGGUCGUCCAUAGAUCAACGUUCAUCGCCCUCGUGGAACAGUCUGUAGUUUUCUAGCACUAGUAGUAGGUGGGACGUUUAGCGCGGUGCGGGGACAGGAACAGGUAUUUCCCUUUGUCAAAUCACCACUGACCUGGCCUAGCGGGUGCCCUCUUGAUCUACGGUAGCCAGCACUGGGGUCGCGUUGGUGGCAACCAUGAGCAACGUUAACGCCACAUCCUUCCCGUCCUCCGUCGACACUCAGCCUUAUGACAGCAGACGGUGCGGCACCGUAGUGUGUGAUCCAGACUACCUGCACUGCUGUGUGAAAAAUGGCUUGAAACGGUGCUGCGCUAACGCCGAUAGACCGUCGUCUUCGAACAACUUCAAAUGGGCAACCUGGAUUGGAGGUGGAUUUGGAAUCGGACUGUUCUUGUUCAUCUGCGUCUUCGUCAUCCACCGCCGCUCCAAGGCACAGUUCCACAAGCGGCGAAGCGGACGCAGAGCGUAUGCACCCGCCGCCGGCAUGAACGGCGGCGAUCGGCCGCUGUGCUCCACGACAACACUAUCAGGUAGCUCAAGCACCGAUGGCUGCACGGACUGCGAGGCAGCUCUUGACGGCCAGAGCUCGGCAGCACCAGCAGCAACGACGACGGGGAUGAGCUCGACGAUAGUUUUCCCGGACGACGGACCACCGCGGGUGGAAUGCCGAACUGGCUCGCAACCAGCAAUGCCACCGCCAUACAGCAACGACAACACGGUCACCGUCACCACCAAUUCCAACGCCAUUCUCUCCGGCGAGCAUGAGCAGCAUUUCAACUCGGUCGAGUCGGCCAUCGGCCAUCAUGGGAGACGCUUGCCGGACUACCAGGAGGUGAACCGGACCCACAAUGCACCACAUCCCGGGAGGCUGGUAUUCAUGUCGCAAACUAGCCGCGAUCAAUUGCUGCCCGUUGGUCAUGGACACGAGAAUGACGAGUAUGAUUUGGACACUCUGCCGACACCCACAGCUGAAGACCCGCUGGAGCCUCCACCGGCAUACACAAGCUGAAGCUUGUAAGACAGACCUGGUACUAGCUGCAAUUGCAUACGUACAGUCCUACUGAAUGAAAUCCAGUCGCGUCACUAAAGUACACGCCGGACGUUGCGCAGACCUGCAAGCACUGGGCUGCCAAAUGGUGCAAGGUGCAAACUUGAGUGACUCGACUGGAUUUCAUCGAGCAGCACUGUACAUCAUAUAUUCAGACACACCGUGCAGUGCCAAGCAUUAGCGGAAACCGGUCGCUUGGUCUAGAUAUGCUUGCAAUCGCUGUUACAAUCAUAGCUGUUGAUAAUUAUUAUGUUCCGUGGUGCCUUGUAUUCCCUUGGCUUGGACUGCAGUAUGCUGUGUGGGGGAAAUAAUCCAGUUUGUACAUCUAAAAGUACAGUGUGUGUGUGGUUGUGUGUGUGUGUGUGUGCGUGUGUGUGUACAUGCGUGCGUGCGUGUGUGUGUGCGUGUGUCUUGCAUGCAUAGCAUCUGACCAUGUGAUCACUGAACUCGUGGUAAUAAGUUGCUUUGAGCCAGUGAUUGCGUCCAGAUAAGGACUGCACCCUGGCACUGACAUGCCAUUGCAAUAUUCAUCGUGUGUGCUGCACCAUGUCUUGCCAAGACGGAGCCAUGCCAACAACCAUAACUAUGGCCACUAUUGGCACUAAUGCACGAUAGUGAGCUCUAAUGAUCAUACCUCACCUAACCCUUCACGAGCUAUAGGAAUCUAUAUUCAUUGACUGUAACAUUCAUAAUUUCCUGUCGGCAAGCGUGUUAUUGUUUUGAGCGGCUUAGUCUGCAUCAUGAAAUUCCAACUGUUCUGUUCUGCAUGUCAUAACUAAUAUCAACUGUUGACCAGUAAUGGCAGUGUUUCCACGAAUAUAAUUAUGUCGCACCUUA